AGUGUCCCCAGUGUCAGAGUGUCUUCAGCCUGUCCCGAGGAGGCUGUCUCCACUUCACCUGCAGCCAGUGUCAGCAUCAGUUCUGUGGCGGCUGCAGCCAGCCCUUCUACCCCGGAUCUGUCUGCAGUUUCUCUGCCGACUGUGGAUCUAAAGGUCUUCACGCCCACCACCCCCGAGACUGUCUGUACCACCUGAGAGACUGGAGCGUGUCCCGCCUCCACCUGUUGCUACAGUAUUACAGAGUGUCUCCUUCCUGGGUGGAAGCAGCCAAUAGCAGCUCAGCUCACAUCAGUCAGACAGGUGAGGUGUGUUUGGUUCUGGAGCUGAGAGACGACGGCAGCCGGGCAGAGGAGCCCUGUGGACGCCCAGCACCACCCGAGUACCGAGGACACUGCCAGGUGCACUAUAAGGAGCGAUUGGUGGAGCUGAUCAACCGUUGCCGUGCCGAUCCGGCGGUCCUGUUCACCGUGGCGGAGAUGAAGGCGGAGCUUCAGCGCUGGAACAUCGCCAUGCCGACCAGGAAACCAGAGGAACCGGAGCUGCUGCCGCCCACGAUGUUGGUGGUUGUGUUGAGCCGCCAACAGGUGACUGAGAGCCCUGUGUACAACUCAGUGGUCCCUGAAAGCACCUUCAUCUGGUGGUGCUUUCAGGGACCAUGUGUAGCCGUAGCUCUGCACAUGCUCACAUUGUGUCUUCACACCCAGAAUCCUUCUCACAUUUACCCAGAAUGCAUCUGUGGGGAGUCUCUGCACAUGCUCACAUCGUGUGUCGUCUUCAGCUGUCGUGGCGGACAGGAAGUGAUGACGCUGCGCAGGAAGCUGUGUGCUGAACUAAACUCCCAGUGA